GGCUCUGGUCAGGAUGGUGAAGCUGUUCAUUGGAAACCUACCACGAGAGGCCACAGAGCAGGAGAUCCGCUCACUCUUCGAGCAGUAUGGGAAGGUGCUGGAAUGUGACAUCAUUAAGAAUUAUGGCUUUGUGCACAUAGAGGACAAGACGGCCACCGAGGAUGCCAUACGCAACCUGCACCACUACAAGCUGCACGGAGUGAACAUCAACGUAGAAGCCAGCAAGAAUAAGAGCAAAGCUUCAACCAAGUUACACGUGGGCAACAUCAGCCCCACUUGUACCAACCAAGAGCUUCGGGCCAAGUUUGAGGAGUAUGGUCCAGUCAUCGAAUGUGACAUCGUGAAAGAUUAUGCCUUUGUGCACAUGGAGCGGGCAGAGGAUGCAGUAGAAGCCAUCAGGGGCCUCGAUAACACAGAGUUUCAAGGUGAACUGUUAUGGGGCUUGGGUGGCAGAGCUGAAUGGGGUCUAGCUCAGGGCAGAAGCAGGAACACAAGGUCAUAGAAUGGUUUCUUCUAUUCUCUUUUAGCUGAAAAUAAUUGUGUUUAACAUUCUCAAGCAAG